GCGCGAUUUUCACUCGUUUCGUUGCGACGGGCAGACGCGGACAUAAAAAAGUUUUGAACCAAUUGCUGCAAUUGAACCAACACACAAACAAUAUAACCAAGUGGCACAGCAACGAAAGCCACCAAUUGGCACAGAGGCUGCUAUACAGUGCACCAUAAAACGUUAAUCUAGUAUGUAGUGCUUCAUUUCGUGUGAAAAAUUACCCACGAGCCCUCAUCGAUUUUUUUAGUCAAACAAAUUGCCGUGCAAUUUAAGGAAAAAUUUUGAAAUCAAAGAACCCAGAAGGAGAAGAGUUCCAUUUAAGUGUGCAAAAUCAUCUCAAGGGUUAAAUCAAAUAGAAAUCCGUAAAACUGCCGCGACCGUUGCAAAAGAUUCGCUGCGAUGGCAACUUCAUCGGUAAUCGCCAACAAUAACACCAGCACCCAGAGCACAAUUAAUGUGGGUUCAGCUGCUACAGUCGCCGUCGCUGCCGUUGUAGCCACAUCCACGUUGAGCACACGGAAACGCACUUACGAAACAGCAAUUGCCAUGCCCGCCAUGGAUGCCAAAGAACUGACGACGACACGCACAGCAACAGCAACAUCGACACCGAAAGCGAUGCGGGCAACAUUAGCCAGAGCAGCGAGUAUCAACGGCGGCAGCCAGCAGGAUUUGCAGUCGGUCAUUGUGGACAUGAUUGAGCCACAUCCGGCGACCACAUUGCGCGACACCACGCGCACCAUCUCACAGAGCGAGGCCGACGAUGGCGUCGAGGCGACAUCCCCCGAUGACACCCUACCCGCCGGUGGUUCUACAGCCUCCGCAUCCACAUCGGAUUCGGAUUAUCUCAAUGGCAGCGCUGGGGUUAAGCGUAAAUUUAUGCAACCAUCGACGUCGCCGACGACGCCGUCCAAAUUGUUGUUACCGCUGCCAAAGCUGCUGACCACCAAAUCGACACCACCAACACAAUCAGCAACAGUUGCACCGCCGAUGCCCGCUGCCAUGGCCGCAUCCUCUUCCCAGCAAUCGUUCAUGAGCAGUGGCACCGCCGAUCUAGCGACCAUUUGCAAACCGGCGCCGUUCUCCUGCGAUGAGGAGGCGAUCUUGGAGCGCGAGACUUGCGAUUAUACACAACGCAUUACGUAUCAGAUGGCGCGUUCCGGACAGACGAAUCGUAGGGUGCGCGUCUAUGCGGAUGGCAUCUAUGAUCUGUUCCAUCAGGGCCAUGCCAGGCAGCUGAUGCAGGCCAAAAAUAUAUUUCCCAAUGUCUAUUUGAUUGUCGGCGUUUGCAACGAUGAGCUCACGCACCGCAUGAAGGGACGCACCGUUAUGAACGGCUUCGAGCGCUACGAGGGUGUGCGUCAUUGUCGUUACGUGGAUGAGAUUGUACAGAAUGCCCCGUGGACAUUGUCGGAUGAGUUCAUAGCUGAAAAUAAAAUUGACUUUGUGGCACACGAUGACAUUCCCUAUGAGCACGAUGGCCUGGAUGAUAUCUAUGGGCCGUUGAAGGCGCGUGGCAUGUUUGUUGCAACGGAACGCACCGAGGGCGUCUCCACCUCGGAUAUUUUGGCGCGCAUUGUCAAGGAUUAUGAUCUGUAUGUGCGUCGCAAUCUCGCACGCGGCUACUCCGCCAAGGAGCUGAACGUAUCCUUCCUAUCCGAAAAGAAGUUCCGUCUGCAGAAUAAAAUGGAUGAGCUUAAGUCGCGCGGCAAGCGUGAGUUGACCAAAGUCAAGGGCGACAUCAUCACCAAAUGGGAGGAGAAAUCGCGCGAAUUCAUUGACACAUUUCUGCUGAUGUUCGCACCGGAGCGACUGAAUCAUCUGUGGAACGAGUCCAAGGGCAAACUUAUCCAGGCGCUCAGUCCGCCCGGCAGCCCGGCGGGCUCCGUCAAUGGCGAUGAUCUGGAUGACGAUGAUGACUCUACGGAUGAGUACUUGGAGCUACCCACCGAGUAUAGCGGUGGCAGCAGCACUUCCCUAAAUGGCAAAAAACAGAGAUCGGCGCUCUCGCGUACCAGCUACCAGAAACGUUUGACAGCCGGCUCCUCGCCGGAUGACUUCGAUGACGAUGAUGAUAUCGUCUACGAUGCGGAGUUUGCUGAGCGUCGCAGCAAUUGAAUUACAUCUCAGCAAUAGAAUAAUAGUAGUGGUGUGUUUUCUGAUUUGGCUAGCAUCAACUUUUCACUUUUCUCUUCUAUCUUGAAGCUAUUAUAUAUUUAUUAAAUUGUGUUUACUUGCGCCAAACUGCGGCACCCAAUUUGUUGAUGUUGAUGUGGCAAACGGCUGAUGGAUGGAUGCAAGAAUCCUGCUGUUUUGAUUGAAGCACAUGCAAUUUUUCUAUAGCUGUAUCUCUAUUAAUCUAUCGUAUUUUAUGACCCAUUAGCUUUAGUUGUAGUUGCACAUGCACUCGCUCCACUCGUCUCAUCCCCUGCGCCCUGUCUAUAGUAGCCAAUUUUAUUUAGCCAAAAUGGAGACGCAGUUGCAAGUUCAAAUUCUUACAAUUUACACAAUUUGUAUUCGUAACAAACAAAAAAAUGAUCAUGAGUAGAAUUGAAAACAACAAAGAGACAAACAAACGAAAAUGGAAACCAACGCAAAAGACUCAUUUUUGUAUUUUAAGCCUUAAAGAUUUUGCGUGAUCGAUGAAAGAUGAAGGAAUAUAUAGAAUUAUUUAUAUUAAAUUAUUUUGCAUAACACUUAACCUAUAAGUAACAAAAAAAAAAAAAAAAAAGAAGCAAAACUACAACACCAACAUAAAUACCUACAUAAUAUAAAAUACAUAAAUACACAUUCGCAAAUGAAAACAAAAGCAAAAAAUUAUAAAUGCAAAAUACAAGUUUGCAGUAAAAAUGCUUUGUUGAAUGUUUUUUGGAAAAAUAAAAUUUGAAUGAAAGCUAAUUAAAAAAGAGAAUUUAAAUAUAUUUCACCUUUGGGUUAGAAGUAAAUCUACAAUUGUAACUCACAUUAGGAUCUUUAAACUUUUCACUGCUCUUUGCCUUUAUUGGAUUAUAUUAAUAUUGGAUUAUGUAAUAAUGCACGCACAUAUGAAUAUGGAUUAAUUAAAUUAUAAAGCGAU